GCUGCGGCGGCGGCGGCGCUGACACCGCAACCUUCCCAAACCCUGAGUCCCGGCGGGGGCAGCAGCAGGGAGCGCCUGCCGGCCCGCCCGCCCGCCCGCCCAGUCACUGCACCUCGGCCCCGCCAAGCAGCCGUCACUGCGCCCGGGGAACUGCCAGCUAUGGCCGCGCCGCCCGAACCCAAAGAAGAGCUGCUGCCGCUGGCCAGUCCCGGGUCCCAGUGGUUCGGGGACCGGGGCGAGGGAGAGGAAGAAGCGGUGACGCCGAAAGGGGCCAAGCCCGAGCCGCAGGCGGGGAAGCCCGGACCUGGGCUGGGCUCCGCGGCCCGAGAAGCUACGCCGCGGGAACUGGGCUCGGGCCCCGCCCGGCCGCCGCCCGUUGCCAUGGAAACUGCAUCCACAGGUGCAGCAGAUGUCUCCAGGGCCAUGGAUCAUACCUUUUCAACAGCAGCAAAAGAUGGGGAAGGAGUGUGUUACACAUCUCUGAUUUCUGACAUCUGUUACCCACCUCGGGAGGAUUCUACAUAUUUCACUGGAAUUCUUCAGAAGGAAAACAGCCACAUCACUACUUCAGAGAGCCCUGAGGAGUUGCGUACCCCUGGACCCUCCUUACCAGAUGUGCCUGGGACGGAGCCUCGUGGCUUAUUUAGUUCUGAUUCUGGAAUAGAAAUGACUCCUGCAGAGUCCACUGAAGUGAACAAGAUCUUAGCAGACCCCCUGGACCAGAUGAAAGCAGAAGCCUGUAAAUACAUUGACAUAACUAGGCCAGAAGAGGUGAAAUAUCAGGAGCAACGUCACCCCAAGUUGGAAGAGAAAGACUUGGACUUUAAGGACACUGACAUCUCAACAAAAUCCAAAGAGGCCCGUGAAGCAGAGAAACCAUCUCCUGUGGAGGGAAAAAUCCUCAAGGACCAUUUAUUUGAAGAAUCAACGUUUGAACCAUAUGUGGAUGAUAUCUCUGAAGAACAGCACAGUGCUUCUCUGAUCACUGCCCCUGUCAAAAUCACGCUGACUGAGAUCGAGCCUUCUGUUGAAACUACUACCCCAGAGAAGACCCCCGAGAAGCAAGAUAUCUGCCUGAAACCAAGUCCUGACACAGUCCCCACAGUCACCGUCUCAGAGCCUGAAGAUGACAGCCCAGGAUCCGUCACUCCUCCGUCUUCUGGAACAGAACCAUCUGCAGAAUCCCAGGGGAAAUGCAGCAUCUCCGAGGAUGAGCUGAUCACUGCCAUUAAGGAAGCAAAGGGGUUGUCCUUCGAAACAACAGAGAGUCCACGGCCAGUGGGCCAGCUGGCCGACAGGCUGGAGGCCAAGGCCAGGUCCGGGCUGCCCACCAUCCCUAGCCCCCUGGACCAUGAGGCCAGCAGCGCAGAGUCAGGGGACUCGGAGAUUGAGUUGGUGUCUGAGGACCCACUGGCCGCCGAGGACGCUCUGCCCUCGGGCUACGUGACCUUUGGUCAUGUGGGCGGCCCGCCGCCGUCGCCAGCCUCUCCGUCCAUCCAGUACAGCAUCCUGAGGGAGGAGCGCGAGGCUGAGCUGGACAGCGAGCUCAUCAUCGAGUCAUGUGACGCCUCCUCCGCCUCGGAAGAGAGUCCCAAACGGGAGCAGGACUCGCCGCCGAUGAAGCCGGGAGCCCUGGACGCCAUCCGGGAGGAGCCGGGCGCCCGGGCCGAGGAGCGUGCCCACAGCCGGCGGGGCCUGGCGGAGCCGGGGCCCUUCCUCAAAUUCCCUUCAGCCGCCCCCCAAGUCUGCUCCGAGCUGCCCUCUGGAGACGGAGCCCCUGAGCCCGAGGGGCCCACAGUGCCGCGGACACCUGUGGAAGCAGCGAGUUACGACCAAAGCUCCCAGGCCACAAAGGGCCCUGGGCCUCGGGGUCCAGGCGUCGCGCCCCCUCUGCUGUUUCUCAAUAAGCAACAAGCUAUUGACCUGCUGUACUGGAGGGACAUCAAGCAGACGGGGAUAGUGUUUGGGAGCUUCCUGCUGCUACUCUUCUCCCUGACCCAGUUCAGCGUUGUGAGUGUCGUGGCCUACCUGGCCCUUGCUGCGCUCUCAGCCACCAUCAGUUUCCGCAUCUACAAGUCUGUUUUACAAGCUGUGCAGAAAACCGACGAGGGUCACCCUUUCAAGGCCUACUUGGAGCUUGAGAUCACGCUGUCUCAGGAGCAGAUUCAGAAGUACACAGACUGCCUGCAAUUCUAUGUGAACAGCACGCUUAAAGAACUGAGAAGGCUCUUCCUUGUCCAGGACCUGGUGGAUUCCUUAAAAUUUGCAGUCCUGAUGUGGCUCCUGACUUACGUUGGCGCUCUCUUCAAUGGCUUGACCCUGCUGCUCAUGGCUGUGGUUUCAAUGUUUACCCUACCUGUAGUGUAUGUUAAGCACCAGGCACAGAUUGACCAAUAUCUGGGACUUGUGAGGACUCACAUAAAUGCUGUUGUGGCAAAGUAA